AUCUGACGGGAAAGGAGAUGAUGCCAGACACAGCACUGAAGGGGUUCUUUUCUGCCCUCCUGAUGACUGCCUCAAGAUCGAUCUCUGGGCCUCCUUGUUCAUUUCUGCUGCUCCUUCUCCUGCAAAUGCUGGGUGAGUGUUUAAAGGUAGACACUGAACUUGCAGGCUUGCUCAGGGUUUUAGCUACAGUAAAGUCCAGUAUAACCCAUAGCUUUCCAGAAUCUGCCACUCUGGUGCCCCCAAGAUAUAUGGGAAUUGGCUAUGGACGGCACCAGGUUGGUGAGCCUCAGUGUAGCAAGAAAAUAUAGGCAGCCUGCAGCAGUCAUCCAAGGUCCUUCUCUGUGUGCCUCUAUUACGGGAGCGCCUAUGUUAUAAGGGGCCUUUUCAGUGGUGGCUCCCCAUUUGUGGAAUGCUCUCCUUUGUGACCCGGGCUUUUGGCCUUGAAGUUGUAAGGUUUCAAGUACUUGCAGACUUUUUUUUAGUGGAACAGGAUCUGUAAGACCCACCUUGUAUUUGUAGAUAUUUUUGAUGGUUGUGUUUCUCAUAAUUGAUCUGAGCGAUUAGAGAGUGUUUCUAUGUAGCUUUGGGUCACAUUUGUGACUUAAUAAUAAUAAUAGAGAAUAGUGUGAGGCAAAGUAAGGGAUGCUCUGUAGAAGGAAGGGCAAAGCUGUUAGUUCCUCCUCCUAAAUCUUAGCAAAUGAGCUUUCCUUUGGACUUCUAUCCUCCAGGCAUGGGGAACUUGUGGUCCUCCAGAUAUUGCUGAUAUAUGCUCAUGUGAUGCUUAUUGACAGAACCCAGUAUAGAUAUUCAAAAAGCACUGAAAGUUGGACAGGGAAUGACUCUUGCCCCUCCUUUCUUGGUCCAAGAGGGCAAGUGGCCAAGCAAGGACAUAGCGCACAAGGGCAAGGCUGCCCUGGGGUCCGACAGCAGACACCCCUGCAGGUUCCUAACGCUGCUGAGCCUGAUGUGAGAGCCGGCAUAAAUAGACCUUGCCUCCUUUAAAAGCCAUGGUCCUUUAUUAUAUGCUUGAUUUAAAUUCUCUUAGAGACAUUAGAAACUGGCUUGUCCCAGAUGAACAGCACCAUCUCAGGCAGGGUGACUUUCCCGUGACCACCUACUUGGUCUUCUGACAUGGGUUCUGUCUUGCUUUGCACCAAUGUGUUCCUCAUAUCCACAGUGCUAUUUGUUUCCUCCUUGUUAAAGGGCCCUCCAGGCUACUGUUUUAUUGUGUGUGGGAGGGUGUUUCUGCAACAUGUUUUCGAAACAUACUCCAUCUAUGUGCUGGAGAGAGGGGGCAGCUAAAGGCACUUGUGGUGGACACGCCCAAAGGUGGCAAAUUUGGAGAAACCAGUGUUUAAUGACGUAAGGGACGCGGGUGGCGCUGUGGGUUAAACCACAGAGCCUAGGACUUGCCGAUCAGAAGGUCGGAGGUUCGAAUCCCCGUGACGGGGUGAGCUCCUGUUGCUCGGUCCCUGCUCCUGCCCACCUAGCAGUUCGAAAGCACAUCAAAGUGCAAGUAGAUAAAUAGGUACAGCUCUGGCGGGAAGGUCAACAGCAUUUCCGUGUGCUGCCCUGGUUCACCAGAAGCGGCUUAGUCAUGCUGGCCACAUGACCUGGAAGCUGUACGCCGGCUCCCUUGGCCAAUAAAGCGAGAUGAGCGCCGCAACCCCAGAGUCGGCCGCAACUGGACCUAAUGGUCAGGGGUCCCUUUACCUUUACCUAAAGUUACUUUGCUUAUUACAAAGUCUCCAGAGUUUGCAUUAUUGAAUUUGCAUUUCCAUGAAAAUCAGAACUUGGGGGCUCACAGGACAUUGAUUCUCUCUUCUGCCUCUUUUCGAAGAAGAAUUGUAACACUUCCUGCAUUUUGCAAGUCAGAUUUUUUUAUCUCCUACUGUGCCUGAAAAGCUCAUUUAAUUGGUUUGAAUGCCCCAUUUCCAAAUGUUCCUCCAGGUUCCCCAUUACUGCUUUAAAUGUAACAAAUAAUAAAACACAAGGCAGUAUUGGGGAGAAUUUAUAUCUUUGUCUUUGUUCUGUUGUUUUUUUAUCACUGACUUCCAGCUUUUCAAACAAAAUAUCCACGCUAGAGGACUGUGAUUAGAGUUGAAACCAUUCCCUACCCCCCGAUUCUCCCAAAAAAUCAAUUACCCUCUAUGAACAGGUUUCAUGCUGAUUUAUUAUCUGAAUAUUCAAUUAUUUCCUGAACAUUUCACAUCAAUAUAUUUGCAGUAUUUAUCACCUCCCUCAAUAUAAGGAACACUAUUUGGGAGAAAGAAGGGAUGCAGUAGCAAGUAGUAUUUGGCAGUACUUGGUAACAGCUGCUAAAAUGAGAGAGAUUUUAAAAACAGAAAAAGGGAGUAAAAAUUAUUGUUACCAGCUGAUCUGAAACAGGAGUGCCUUGUGUAUUGGAGAUGAAAUAAUUGCAUAAAUCAUGCACCUCUAGUGAAAUGCUUUUGAGAAAAACUGAGGUGAGCAGGGCUGUGUUGUCCUUCAUCUUGCCUCUGUUUCCCCAUUUCCAUUCCCUGGAUUAAAUGCAUCAUUGUGGGCUUCCGGUCCUGCCUGCCUUAAUGGAGGCAGCCCCCACGACAGUGGAGGAUUGUCAGCAAGCUAAAAACAAGGAUGACCUUGCAAAUUCUCCCCAAGGAAUUUGCUUCACUCACAGUUCUUCUUGGUACCUGGCUCCCGCUCCAGCGUGGUAUGCGAGAGGCAGGGAGGCACUGAGUGCAAAAACACUUCGCCUGGCGAAAACCCUCUGACGCUGCCAUUAAGAAGCAGAGGUUCUCUAUUUAAUUUGCCUUUUAAUUGGCUUUAAAGUACCAACGCAUGAUGGGAAAGGGUUGCGGAAUAUACCAGCUACAUGGAUCAAAGGUUUGAACUGAGAUAAGAUUUUCUUCGGUGUGAGAGUCUUUUGGAGAGAGGGAAGCCCAUGAUUUACUUAUUUUUAUAUUUAUGAUUCGGCAACCCUCUCCAGAAUAUAAGAUAUAAGAUAAAAAUAUAUUUACAAGUGAGGAAGGGACGUUGGAGUAAUAUUGAUAUUGACAGACAAAAAUGGAAACUGCACGUGAUCUGAAAUGAAGAAAGAAGGGGGAGGGAAGCUCAAGACUGUGUUGGAAAGACAGAGUAAUUCCUGCCUCACCUCCGUUCAAAAACAACAAACACUGUAAAUGGACAGAAGGUAUCUCCAUGGACCUAACAGUUUCACAUGCAGGGCAGAAUAAAGAUAAUAGUUUGAGUUCCGUGUAUAUUGCAACAUCACGAAUAGAAAUCAUUAAUUAUGUAGCUGUUGACUAAGGGACUAUUAUUAUAAUUGAAAUGUAACUGACAUUAAUUAAGAUGAUGGAACGCAGUGAUAUAAGAUCGGAAAUGCACCCAAACCAACGUGCAGGGGGCCACUUUAACUAAAAUGUAUUAAUAGGAAGUUGAUUGGCAUUUUGAUAAUUGUAUAGUUUGGGAAUUAAUUGUUAUUGUUUUGAUUUGUCUGUUAUUGGGGGUAUAUUGGAAAACAAACAAACAAACAAACAAAUGUGAGAGGACAUCUGCUCAUGCAGUGGGAUUUCGCUUUCCUCUUCUUCCACUGCAGCCCUCGUGAACCCUUAAAUCCUGCUCUAACCCCCUGGAACAGAUUUUGAGGGCACUCAGGGGCAGCAAGGAGAAGAGGAGAAAAUGAACCACCGCCACAUGGGUGGAAGUCAGUUUCACUCGCACACAGUGUUGGAUACAAGCCAUUCAUUUUGUUGCAGGUGCCCAAGGCCAAGAUUUUGAAGUUCUGCAGCCCCCAGGACCCUUGUGUGUGUCAGUAGGAGAGACCCUCACUCUGACGUGUACAGUAAGUGGAACUGGUCCACCAGGAGGCGUGAAAUGGCACAAGGGCUUGGGCAGAAACCAGCCCACCAUUUACAGUGAAAGAGCACCAUAUCCCUCCCGCGUGACCAGGGUUGUUCUUGGAUCAGAAACAGACUUCACCAUCCGCAUCAGCAACAUCCGACCUGAGGAUGCCGGGACCUAUUACUGUGUCAAGUACAGGGCAGGAGCCCAAGAAACAGAAUUUAAAUCGGGAGUGGGCACUGAGGUUUCCGUGAUUGGUAAGUAUCCCUCAAUUUCUCUUUGCCCCCAAGGAGGGAAAAAAUUUCCCCUCAGUACAAAAGUUCCAUAUUGUGAGCAAAGGUCUCUAAUGAAGGUCAGACUUAAAGAGGAAAGAACAGUGGAUGGAGCCACAAAAUGUUUCUCUGAUUAAUAUUCUAACCCUUUUUAAAAAAAUUGGGGGGGUAUUAUUUUGUUGCUUCCAGUUUAACUAUUUAUUUGUCCUUUUAUCUUGUAUUUUAAACUUGGGAUCCAACCUGAGAUCUUUUGAUGAUGGGCGGUAUAUAAAUCUAAUAACUUUUAAAAUGCAAAUAAAUAAAGUAAUAAUGAAAAUAAUAAAAAUGUGAAAUAUACCAGGCCAGUAAGAGGCACAAUUGCAGCUCAAGGCCACAUUUCAGCCAGGGAGAAAAAUGCCAGCAGUGGGCAAAGUGGGACCGAUAAAGGUGUGGUCUGGGGGAGUCCCAGGGGCCAGGUGGUCCUGUUUCCCCUCUAGCAAGUUCUCUUAAGGCUAUCCUUCCUAGAAAUCCUCCUUUCAGGAUGCAACAUAAAGGUAAAGGUAAAGGGAACCCUGACCAUUAGGUCCAGUCGCAGAUGACUCGGGUUGCGGCGCUCAUCUCACUUUAUUGGCCGAGGGAGGCGGUGUACAGCUUCCGGGUCAUGACUAAGCCGCUUCUGGCGAACCAGAGCAGUUCACGGAAACGCCGUUUACCUUCCCGCCGGAGCGGUACCUAUUUAUCUACUUGCAUUUUGACGUGCUUUCGAACUGCUAGGUUGGCAGGAGCAGGGACCGAGCAACGGGAGCUCUCCCCGUCUCGGGGAUUCGAACCGCUGACCUUCUGAUCGGCAAGCCCUAGGCUCUGUGGUUUAACCUACAGCGCAACAUACCUGGGUCUUUAUUCCAUGGGAAUAGGUGGAUCUGACUCCACCCCCAGCCUGGUCUGAUUUCCUAAUUGAUCAGUUAAUUAUUUGGGCAUUUGAGGGAAGAGGGAGAGGGGCAAAGAGCACUCUCUCUGAUGAAGCACAGUGGUGGCUGAUGAAGGAGUCUUUUUUACUAUUGAUUGUCACCCUGGAUCAAGCUGGUUAGAGCAGGGAUAGGCAAACUGAGGCCCGGGGGCCGGAUUCAGCCCGAUCGCCUUCUCAAUCCGGCCCGCGGACGGUCCGGGAAUCAGCAUGUUUUUACAUGAGGAGAAUGUGUGCUUUUAUUUCAAAUGCAUCUCUUCACACACAGCCCAACAAGACAACAAUAAAAAUCCACCAACAGCAUACGAAUCAAUAUGGCUAACCUGAUCCAAAACACCCACCCACCCCACUCACACACGAAAACAAAGACCACCACAGCCAACCACAAAUGAACAGCCACACCCUAGGCCAACCCCAACCUCUCUCACCACCAAAGGAACACAAGUGAACAGCAAAGAACCUGCACAAGCGACGCUGACACCAAACCCUACAUAUAUUAAGUAAAAUAGAAACAUCACCACCCAACCCCAACCCCACCCAUCUUCCCCCCCCCACCUCUUUCCCCCUUUUCUUCCUAAUGCCUCAACAAAUGAAACUGAUUUGUAAAAAUGUUACGGGGGGGGGGGGAAUAUGAGAGAGAGAAAUUGCACAUACUUUUGUAAAUCAAGAAAACCUUUAAUAAUAAUAAAAAAUUGAAAAAUGCAUCUCUGGGUUAUUUAUGGGGCAUAGGAAUUCUUUCAUUCCCCCCCCCCAAUAUAGUCGGGGGCCCCCACAAGGUCUGAGGGACAGUGGCCCCCUGCUUAAAAAGUUUGCUGACCCCUGGUUAGAGCAGGGUGCUGAUAAUGCCAAGGUUGCAGGUUCAAGGUAGUUUUGGAUUGGUCUUGAAGCAGCUGGAUCAAUUCAAAGCAGUUCAGGCUAACCUCAGGCUCACAAAAAGCCAGCCUCCAAAGUGUUGCAGAAAAACACCAUAUAAGGAGGACACCAGGAAGGGAGGAGCUUCCAGUCACCCAACACUCUCCAAUCAGUUGUUGUUGAGCUAAAAAUUGUUGAGCUUUUUUUAUAAAAGCUAAGUUUUUAAGCUUUUUUAAAGGAAAUUUGCCAAAAAAUCUUCCCUUUUGACAUGGGUUGCCACACGUUCCAGUUUUCCCAGUUUUCCCACUAAGCACUGUUUUAAAAGGAUGAAUCCCAGAUAUGACCAGGAAAACUCAGACGUCUAGCAGCCCUAUGAACGAGCAGCUUGCUCUUACUGCCUUUGACAUUUUGUAAGUUCUCUGAAUAUUACAGUGUGUUUUUUUUUUAAAAAAUGCACUGUUAAUAGGAAUAAUGACACGCAAAGUAUUUUUGAACAUGGAAAUGAGCAAGGCAGCCAUGAAUUUCUAUAUGUAGAUUCUUACAAGUUGAUUUGUAUAUUCUCUGAAUAUUACCUUGCCAGAGUCUUCGGACAGAGGCUCCCCUUGCUGUUGGGCCAAAGCUUUUCUUGGUGGUUGUGAUAGGAAUUUUAUGGUUUUAGAUAUAUGGCAACGUUCAUAACCACACGUACAUAGAUCAGCACAGGAAAGCCAACCUGGAACCAUUUUGAUUCCUAAACUGAGCAAAUGUUUCUCUGCAUGGUAAAAAUGGAAAAGCCUCCCCAUUGUCUCUUCCUUCACAAAUCCUGUCUUAAUCUGUGUUUGAAUAAGGGUGUGAGCCUUAUCAUUACAAAAGACUGCCUAGGCUACACAACAAAGCCAAUCAAGUAACCUGCCAGACAGGAAAUAAACAAAGCGACAGGAGAAAACAACAUGCAAAUGUUCUGUUUUAGACCGCCUUAUCUGAGGGGUGGUCUUAGGUUACACCCCUUCUGUGAUGAAUGCAUAAUGUCAACAUGGUUAAUCUCCUGUCUUUUCCCUUGCAGAUCAUUCUCUGCUGUCCUUCAAUCUUUUUAUUGGACUUAUUCUGGCCAACAAGCUUAUUGUUCUUAUCCCUUUCCUCUUAUACCGUUUCCUCAAAAAAUAACGUGGCAAGAGAAACCUGAGAAACAGAGGGACAGGAGCUGGUGGAGACCUUCCUAGAACUUGUCUACAAAGACCUAUGCAGCUGGGGCCAGGAUACCUUGGAAUACUCUCUGCACAAUGUGGGAAUGGUGCCAGCUACCUUUUGAAACUUCCUUCCAUCAUGUCUCAUAAAGAUACACUCUCUGGUGCCAUUUCUGCGCCCGCUGAAGUCCUCCUUUUCUCAACAAGUCUUAUCCCUGAGAUGUUUAUCCUGUUGUGUAUCUGCAUUGGAUUAGAAACUGUUUUCAGGGAUAUUUUUCAUUCCCCACCCCCACUUGUACGGUACUUUAUUAUGAUUUCCCACCAUUUCAGAAGUUGAUGCCUCUUAUACUGGAGCAACAGAAAUUAUUAACACCUAAUCAACUCUUUCAGGGGGUUUUCCUGGAGACACCACCAUGCAAACCUAGUUAUGCACUUGCAGUAGAAGCAAGUUGUAUUAUAGCAAGAAGCAAAUAAAUAUAGUUGUUUGUUACACUAUCCCACAAACGGGCAUACGCCUUUCAUCUUCCAGUGUAUUUGUGAAUACAAUGAAGUUCCACCAUUCUCUGGUGAAUGCCCCCUUGUGUUUCAUUCCUCUGGAUAGUUUCAGGUUUUGUGUUUAUUUCUCCACGAGGGUUAUUUGCCACGCUCUCUGGGAGGACGGUGCUACAGGAGCUCCCUUGAGGUUGAUAUGGAAGGGGCGGUGCAUGUCUUCUUCACCUUCUUCUUCGCUACAAUAUAUCCAUUUAUUUCCAAUUGUCAAUGUCAAAAGGGACUAACAUCUAUAAAAUUCAUAGAAAAUCAACGUGCCAAUUUGCUCAAUUUCUCUAGGACUCCAUGACACCUCCCCUGUCCUCCAUAAUCCCUCAAGCAAGGUGUCAAGACCCUAAUCCUGUCAAAUCACUCUGCCAAGCCUUUCCUCCGGGCAAGGCCAGGUGACAGAAUAUGCUUACAUGGACCAUUGACUUCUCAUCACCGGUACUCAGGAAGUGCUUAUCUGUGCAUAUCUCCAGCUCUGCAUAUUCCCCCCUCCCUCCUCCAUAUGUUAAUCCUGUGUGACCCAACCUCUUCUUAAUGUAUUCAUGAUGUAAUCUGUGUAACCCAACCUCUUCUUAAUGUAUUCAUGAUGUAACGGGAUGUGUUUUGCACUGUAUUCUGGGACAUGGAGGGAAGUUUCAAAAGUUCAUGUCACCCUUUCUCGCUGUUCAAUCUCGCCUUGAACCUGUUGCGCAAUAAACUUGGAUCUUCUGCAGCUUGCUCCUGUCUCCGGCUGAGCUCAUUUUCCUCCGCAGGGACCCACGGACUUAGUCCGACAAGCUGGGUGGCAGAGCAGCCUCGCACCCAGAUU